AUGAAGAUUUCACCUAGACUGGAGAUCACCCCUUCUAUAGCAAGGGGUGACCAAGGUCAACCAGGGUCGGAAGAUGAUACUGUUCCGGAGGAUGCAGUGUGGAGCGAGAUCGAAUACCUUACCGUCGAUCCCAAACAUCAGUACGAAAAACCUUACGAACUGAGGUUCCAGGUGGGUGGUGCGAUUCCAGAAACAAACAUGGUGGACGAGUCCAGAAAAGUAUCGAUUCGCAACUUUCGGCCGCUCGAGAAUGCUCAAAACUUCGAAGAAUACGGCUUUUCGGCUUCGAGAAUCGAUUGCAGCUUGCCGUCAGCUGAAUUCGACGACAAGGAAAAGGUGGGCAAGAUCUACUACCCUGCCGUCAAACGAAUGCUGUGGCAUAAGUUUCCCGACGCGGGGCAGAUCCGAAUCUUGGAACACGGUCUCCGCAAAAGAGACCCAGAAUUCCCUGCCACCCACAAACCGUUCUUCAAACACGUUCAGCCUUCCACCAUUGCGCAUAUCGUGCCAGACUAUUCGAUAUACUCAGCUGCGCGGACAGCACAGGGGGCGUUCAAGAUGGCCCCAAGUCAGUAUCAGCGUCUGAUUACCGUCAACGUUUGGAAAUCACUUCAAGGACCGGGAAACGACUGGCCACUAGCCCUUUGCGACUGGCGUACCUUGGACCGACCGUCGGAAAGCGUGGUUGUCGAUGUCGUUUACAGUAAGGAUUUCACCGAGAAUGAAAGCGUCUAUUACAGUCCGAAACACAAGUGGUAUUAUUUUAAAGAUUUGGGAGAUGACGAGGUCAUUGUAUUUCAACAAACGGACUCUGCUUUGCCGACUGGCGGAGGUGCGGCCCAUGCAAGCUUUCACAAUCCGGACGCCGACGAAUACGCAGCACCAAGAGCCAGUAUCGAGCUAAGGGCCUUUAUAUUCUACCUGUGA